AGUCCACUAGAUGGCAGUAGUUGGUCCACAUUGGGAAAAAAAACAAGCAGAAAGCCAAGAUGGCGGUGCAGGAGACAGCCUCUCAACUCUCCAUGGCGUUGAAGGUCCAGGAAUAUCCGACACUAAAGGUUCCGUACGAGACUCUGAACAAGCGGUUCCGAGCCGCUCAGAAGAACAUCGACCGGGAGACGAGCCACGUCAGCAUGGUGGUGGCGGAGCUGGAGAAGACCCUGAGCAGCUUCCCGGCCGUCCACUCGGUGGUGUCUCUGCUGGACGGCGUGGUGGAGAAGCUGAGUGCCCUCAAGAGGAAGGCGGCGGAGUCGAUCCAGGCAGAGGAUGAGAGCGCUAAGCUGUGUAAGCGUCGUAUUGAACACCUGAAGGAGCACAGCAGCGACCAGCUGGCCUCCGUCAGCCUGUGGAAGAAGAAGAGGAUGGACCGCAUGAUGGUGGAGCAUCUGCUGCGCUGUGGCUACUACAACACGGCCGUGAAGCUAGCACGCCAGAGCGGCAUCGAGGAUCUGGUUAACAUUGAGAUGUUCCUGACGGCUAAAGAGGUGGAGGAGUCUUUGGAGAGACAGGAAACCGCCACCUGUCUUGCUUGGUGCCAUGACAACAAGUCCCGCCUCCGCAAAAUGAAGAGCUACCUGGAGUUCAGCCUGAGGAUCCAGGAGUUCAUCGAGCUCAUCAGACAGAACAAACGCAUGGAUGGAGUCAGACAUGCGAGGAAGCACUUCAGUCAGGCGGAGGGCGGCCAGCUGGACGAGGUACGCCAGGUGAUGGGGAUGCUGGCCUUCCCCUCGGACACCCACAUCAGCCCUUAUAAGGAUCUGCUGGACCCAGCGCGCUGGAAGAUGCUGAUUCAACAGUUCCGAUACGACAACUACCGACUCCACCAGCUGGGCAACAACUCGGUGUUCACCAUCACCCUGCAGGCCGGGCUCUCCGCCAUCAAGACGCCUCAGUGCUACAAAGAGGAGGGCUCCUCUAAGAACCCAGACUGCCCCGUGUGCAGUAAGUCUCUGAACAAGCUGGCCCAGCCGCUGCCCAUGGCCCACUGCGCCAACUCACGGCUGGUCUGCAAGAUCUCCGGGGAGGUGAUGAACGAGAACAACCCUCCCAUGAUGCUGCCCAAUGGCUACGUCUACGGAUACAACUCCCUGCUGUCCAUCCGCCAGGAUGACAAGGUGAUCUGCCCCAGAACCAAAGAAGUCUUCAGCUUUUCUCAGGCUGAGAAGGUCUACAUCAUGUGAUCUACAUGGUCUGCUGUGAUUGGAAGCUUCCUGUUUGGUUUGCGUGUGGCUGCCAUGUUCUCGCCAUCCUAUCACAAGAAGAGGAGAGCUGUUGGUCACGUGGUGACUCCCAUCCUACCCAGUGUUUGUGUUGUUUGGAGGGUCACCAUUUUAGGGUUAGUGAUGUAGAGAGGAAAAGUGGAGUUCCCUAGAGAGCGGCAGCCAUUUUGACUGUGAAGCUGAGUUUUCCCUGGAAGAGAAAUGUAAAUAUUAGAUGAGCAUCCAACUUAUUGUGUACAGAUUGAGUGUGAUGAGGACCAGUGGCGUGGCUCUCUAAACAGAGUGAUGUUGUCCUGCUCCUCCUCUUUAAGGGAACAGGUUUGUAGUCAAUAUGAUUUACUUAUAUAAUAACAAUAACCACGCAUCCUCAACUCUCCAUCUGUUGUUUUUAAUGAGCGGUGUUCUUCCUGCGGGCCUGAACGGUCUCCUCGACCGCCCACAGACAGUGGGUUCCUUCGAGGGACCUGGGGUGUCCCUCACUAAAUGUCUUCUAGUUCCUUUUUUCAAUGACAAACAUGACAAUAAAGAUGACUUGUGUUUAUACA